AUGGGGGCCAGACAGUCCAACCCCGGUUCCAAGGACAAGGGCCCCAGGAGGACGGGGUGCCUGCGGAGGAGGCAGAAGCUGUCGGCGUGGGAUGAUGCCCUGCUCUCAGGGAGGGACCCUCGGGCCCUGCUGAAGCGGGGCAUGCGCCACAUCAGCUUCAGCCUGGUCACCAAGGGGAUGACGGACGUCCCCGACUUCCUGUGGGGCCUGUCCGAGGUGCAGAAGCUCAACCUGUCUCACAACCAGCUGCGGGUGCUGCCCCCCGACGUGGGCAGGCUGAGCAGGCUGGUGGUGCUGAACCUGUGCGGGAACCACCUGAAGAGCCUGCCCCCAGAGCUCUGCCUCCUGCAGGGCCUGCGGGUGCUGUUCCUCAACAUGAACCGCCUGAGCGAGCUGCCGGCCGAGCUGGGCGCCUGCCGGAGCCUGGAGGUCCUGAGCCUGUCCCACAAUCGCCUCUCCCAGCUGCCCGCCGGCCUCGCUGACCUCUCCGGGCUCAGGAAGCUGAACCUCAGCAACAACUGCUUCGUGCACAUCCCCGUCUGCGUGUUCGCCCUGAGGGAGCUGGAUUUCCUGCACGUGGGCUCCAACCGCCUGGAGAACAUCGCCGAGAGCAUCCAGUGCCUGGGCAGCCUGCAGAUCUUCAUCGCCGAGAACAACAGCAUCCACUCCUUCCCGCGCUCGCUCUGCCUCCUCGCCGGCCUGGAGGUGCUGAACCUGAACAACAACGACAUCCAGACCCUUCCCGAGGAGCUCUACCUGCUGGGCAGGCUGGCGAGGAUCGCCUGGAACCCCAUGGACAAAGGGCUGCACAUUGCCCAUAACCCGUUAGCCAGGCCUCUGCCCGAGCUGGUGGAGGGGGGCCUGGAGAUGCUGGUCAGCUACCUGAAGGACAAAAAGCACAACUGA